GCGGCAGCGGCGGCGGCUGGGGCCUGAGCCGGCUGGCGGCGGACGCGCGGCCCGGCGGCGGCUGCGGUGGGGAGGGCCGGCGGGCGAGGCCUGCGCCCCGUGUGGAACCGGCCCCCUGGCGAGGGGCGGCCCCGCCAGCAUUGACAUUGUGUCCUGAAGAUCGUCAGUGGCAUACCAGACCUUUCAGAGGAAGAGCUGGAUGCUGAAUGAAGUUUUAACACUGACUGAGAAGAAUAAUUCGUCUUUGUUGGCAUCGGGCCAAAUGGACUGGCCUACUAAAUUUGGCAAAGACAACCAUUUUGCAAUCUACAUUUUCUUCUCUUUCUGCUAGUAUCAAAUUAAUCAGGUACAAGUUAGAAAAAGCUUCCAAAAUCUGAACAGAUGAAGAUCAAUUGAUAAACCAACCCAGCGAUUCACCAUACUUUCAAGGGUCGCGGGCCGUGGUACGGAGAGAGAAAGGCGGCCCAUGGAGCCGGGGAGCGCUUGGCGGGUGGCGUAGUCCUGCUCUUCUUCCCCCACACCCCCCCCGCGCCCGCCCCCUUCCGCUGCUUUGUUAGCGCAAACACACAAACGCGCCUCACCUACACGGUGAAGAGGAAGGGAGUGCUCCCCGUACAAUAAUGGGCACCCGGCUCCUGCCCCCCGGGCCGCCGCAGAGCAGCGGAAAGAAUGUCGGCGCGGGCCGUGGGUGACGUCAGAAAGGAGCAGCGCAGCGCGGCGGCGGCCAGGCAGCGGCAGCGGCGGCCCCGCCACGGCGAAGGAGGCGGAGGCGGAGGAGGCGGGAGCGGCGCCGGCCCCGCCGCCACCGCAGCGGCAAUGGCGGCCGUCGGGGAGCGCAGGUCCCUGCCCAGCCCCGAGGCGAUGCUGGGGCAGCCCUGGAGCCACUGGGUCGAUGCUGCUAAACUUCACGGGAACGACGGAACAGCAUUAGAAGAAAGUUUCAAGGAAUACGGAAGAAACCGAGAAGCAAUGCGACUUUGCCGAGAAGAUAUGCCAAUAUUUGGUCUUUGCCCGGCUCAUGAUGAUUUCUAUUUGGUGAUGUGUAACCACUGUAAUCAGGUCGUAAAACCACAGGCAUUUCAAUCACAUUAUGAAAGAAGACACAGCUCCUCCAGCAAGCCGCCUUUGACUCCACCUUCCUCUUCAGUAUUUUCCCUCAUUUCAUCUUUCCCUUCAAAAAACAAAGGUAGCAGUGGAAGUGGGAGCAAUCGUUCAUCCAGCGGAGGUACUAGUACAUCAUCAUCAAAUUCCAAGUUGUUGAAAUCACCCAAAGACAAGCUGCAGAUCAGCGGAAACAACAGAUUAAUGCAUUCGGUACAGCAUAGCAAAGUUCCCCAUGAUAAAAUUAUGACUCCAUCUGUCAAAGUGGAAAAGAUUCAUCCAAAGAUAGAUGGUGCCCAACUGAAAGCUGCUGUUGGUCCAACUUGUUCUACUACUGUGAGUUCCUCAAUAAAGACUGGCCUUAAUUGUCCCUCAAUACCAAAGCCACCCUUGCCUUCCCCUGGACAGAUACUGAAUGGUAAAGGUCUUCUCUCUGUGCCUCCAUUUUUGGAAAAGAAACCUGAAGAAAAUACAAAUAAUAGGAAAUUUUUACAUAAAAGAUUGUCAGAGAGAGAAUUUGAUCCUGAUAUAUACUGUGGUGUCAUUGAUGUGGAAACCAGGAAACCUUGUACUAGGUCUUUGACAUGCAAGACACAUUCCUUAACCCAGCGGAGGGCUGUACAGGGUCGAAGAAAACGAUUUGAUGUGUUACUAGCCGAGCACAAAAGCAAAACCAGGGAAAAGGAACUUCUUCGACAUUCGGAUCAUCAUCAGCAGAUGCCCCCUCUCAGGGAACCACAUCCCUCACCUACUAAAUCUUCCCAGGAGCUGCACCAAAAUUCUCAUGGAGUUACUCUUACAGAAUCAAAGCCUUUAUUACCUAAUAAACCCAAACCUCAUCCCCCCAGUCUUCCAAGGCCUCCAGGCUGUCCAGCCCAGCACAGUGGAAAUGCCCCUAGCGAGACUCCGUCUGUCCACGAGUCUCCGCACCCUCCCUUGCCUGCAGCUGAGCCAGCAUCUCGGUUAUCCAGUGAUGAGGGAGAAUGUGAUGAAAAAGAAGAGCCUGUUGAAAAACUGGAUUGUCAUUAUUCAGGUCAUCAUCCUCAACCAGCCGCUUUUUGCACAUUUGGUAGUCGGCAAAUUGGAAGAGGUUAUUACGUGUUUGACAAGCGAUGGAACCAUAUUCGAUGUGCACUUGACUUCAUGUUGGAGAAGCAUCUUAAUUCACAGAUGUGGAAGAAAAUUCCUCCAGCAUCUAGUAACACAGCAUCAGUUCGUGCACCACAUCGGACAAACUCAAUGCCUGCUUCACAGUACGGUGUCAGUGCAGCAGGUUUCCCCUUACCCACCACGGUUAUGUCAUCGCCAGCAUUGGUAUCUCCUUCCUGUGUGUCUCUAAAUAAUAAAUCGGUACCAUCACAUGGAACGACACUAAAUGCCAAUCCUGCUACUUUGGGUGCAGUGGAUCCUGUCUGCAGUAUGCAAUCAAGACAAGUGUCUUCAUCCCCUUCAACACCUACAGUGCUUUCCUCUGUACCUUCACCUAUGCCCAGCAAACCUCAGAAAAUGAAAUCCAGCAAAUCUUUUAAACCUAAGGAAUCUUCUGCUGGCAGUGGCACCUGUAACAGUACCGGCAGCGUCAGUAGCAGCAGCGGCUCAGGAAAGAAGCGUAAAAACAGUUCCGCACUGCUAGCACCUUCUCAUUCCACAGAGUCCUUUAGAAAAAACUGUGUGGUUAACUCUGGAAACUCUGGGACCUCCUAUCAUCCAUCGGUGACAGCUUCGUCCCACAGCAUUGGCCUCAACUGUAUGACUAGCAAAGCUAACUCCGUUAGCCUCAAACAUGACCAAUCAGGGAGGGGUCCUCCGACUGGAAGCCCUGCAGAAUCGAUAAAGAGAAUGAGUGUGAUGAUGAACAGCAGCGACUCCACGCUCUCCUUAGGGCCGUUCGUUCAUCAGUCCAGCGAGCUGACUGUGAAUUCACACAGUGGUUUUUCACAUUCGCAUACUUCCCUUGACAAAUUUAUGGGAAAGAAAAGAAAGUGCUCACCUGGUUCAAGCAGCAUAAACAGCAGCAGCAGCAGCAGCAAAUCAAACAAAGUUGCCAAAUUGACAUCGGUGAACAAUGUUCAUGCAAAACACACUGGUGCAAUCCCAGGGACGCAAGGGCUGAUGAACAAUUCUCUUUUUCAUCAGCCAAAGGCACGUCCCUGAUAGCUGAACGCACCAUGGUGAGAAAUGAACUGGACAAUUUUCACUACAAGCAAAACCUCCAUCUGGAUUUCUGGACUCCAAGAUGCCUUGAGUUUUCCCAACUUCCCAUGGUCCUCAGGUGUGGAAAUCUACUGGACUGUCACUUAAACAAGGAAUUUCCCUGAAGCCAUGUCUGUAGCAGCGAAUAUACUAGAAAUGGACACUGGAUGAAGUUCAGCCACAUAAUUGCUCUUUAUCAGUGUUAACGGUGGUCUGGACUGUUUGCUACGAACCUGUGAGAUUUUACUUACAGGAGUACAUCAUCUUGCCACUAUUUGACAUAGAUUGGCUGGGCAAACGAAUGUUUUUCUGGGGGGGAAAUAAACGUUACUGUGGACUUAUUUUUAUACUGAUGGUGUCUUUUGUAGGUGAUAGCUAACCAGACAGACACCCUCAAUGGAGAGGACCCCGCGACAAGGGGGGAAAAAAAUGUGUGAGGCACAAUGGAAAGAAGCCCUCAAGAAGGGAAUAUGGCUUUAGUGUUUUUAUAGCAAUGUUCCUUUAAUGGAAUAUAAAAAUAGCACAAUUCAAAAAAUAGUCUGUGUUUUGCCCAGCCUUUUGCAAGUAAUUUGGGAUAAGAAGCUAUCAGGAGUUUAAAAAACAAUACAAACCCAACAAAAAAAACCCAGAAAAACUUGUUUGAGGCCAUCGCUCAGAAAACAAGUAUAAAAAAUGUCGUAUUUGCAUGAUACAAAACCUAUUUUCUAUUCUUUUGAAUAAGAUAUGAUUGCAGAAGAAAAGUUAAUUUUGUUUAAAAAAAAUUCAAGAAGAUCAAACAGACAAAGGCAAAUAACCUCUAAAACUAUAUGCCCAAAGAACGUAUUUAUUGACCUAUACUGUAUACCGUAGGCCUUUGUUAUUUAAAAAAAAUAACAACUUUAUUGGUUAAAUUAGGCUGGAUUUGCCUUCCAGCUGGUAAAAAUAGCCCUUUUAAAACUAAGUAUUUAAAUAAUUUCUAAAAAAACCCCAUAAAAGUCAGUUUCUGCCUUGUUUGUAUAACUAAAUUGUUAACUGUUACACUUUCAACCACUCAGAUUUCUUUUUUUUUUCCAAAAUUCUGGAAUAAAUUUAGAGCAGAGUUCACCGUAAAGUGCAGAUGUGUGCAUCACAGUCAUCCCAUACCUACCCAGGCUUUAUGAAUAACGGGGGCUUUACACGGUUUUAUAUAGUCCAGUCAAUUUUUAUGAAAUAUUUUGUCUUGCUUCAAAACACCUCAAAAGUGAAUUCUGCUAAAGGGCUUUAUUGUACUAUGAUUUGAUUAAUCUGGGUGUUUUUGUUAAGUUUUUAAACAUCAGGUAAAGUCUCAAAACUGACUAAACUUUUAUUAAGGGGCAAAGCAAAGGAAAACAAAUUCCUAACCGAGAAGAUAUUUUAUUUUUCUGCCUUAAAGGGGCACCAGCUGUUGCUGAGAAGAGACAAUCUGAGCCUGUCUAACUGUUCGCGUAGCCCAGCCUUCUCCCCAGUUCUGGUGGCAAGUAGUACAUCAGGGAAUCCAAAGCCACUCUGAGUAGCAGUUGCUUAGUUGUUUACCUACCGAUGCUUUCAGUUUAACCUGAACUUGCUACAAAAUCGUUGUUAUACAGCAAAACAACAAGAAGCCUCUAUGCAGACACUUUAGCUUUGAAUUGAUACGAAAGAUCACAUUGAGAAAGCAACGUACUAGAGACACUUAUUAUGCAAACUCUUUUUUUUAAAAAAAAAAAGACAACUUUUCAGGAACAAAAGGAUUUGUAUUUAAUAAGAUGCCCUGUUGAAAGGAUUGUUUGGAACUGCGAUUGGCUUAACGUAAAAGGAACCAAAGUGAUAUGCCACAAAGAGAAAUCAAAGCGUAUUAAAUCCUGCACGUUUGGAGUGAAAUCCACGCUCUGAUGAAGUCCAUGGGGCAGAGCUUCCACUUCAGGAUAGCGCCAGUCACAAGUGCAAUUUGACUCUCGAUAGACACAAAGGUAAAGGAAACGAAAACUGGGCGAGAUUGAACGCUAGUGAGUUUGUGAUCGAACUCUCCUCUGUUUUUAAGGUUCUGUUGAUCUGAAAGCAUAAAUGGCAAAUCCGUGCUCCUUCGGUCGCGUGCAGAUGUGAUGAAAAGUGAAUUCCUGAUCGCUGCUCGUACCGAGCCAGUGUCCGCAGUCACCUGCGUCGUGCGAUUGUAAGCCAUUGGGAGUAAAGAGUUAGAACAUUGUAAAUUCUGUCUGCCCUCGAGCAUAGACCUGCUUAAAUACUAUGUUUUAGAUCUCGGUUCUAGGCAGAACAUUGUUCCUGAAGCUUUUAUUGUCACAUAGUUCUUACUGUAAAUAUUAAGGAAGCUUAAAAUUAAUUUUCCUCGCAAAAUUGAAUUUGCAGUGGCUGGGUUGUUUCUAGACAGAUUUUGGUAUUAAUUUAAGAGAUACAGUUUUUAUAGUCUUUCCAACUUCUCGUUAUGACUCCUGCAGUUUUCUUAACCUAAAAAAUUGCUGCAAUGAUGAACAAAGAGUUAUACAAGAAAAAAAAAAACAUACUUUUGUAUCUUUAUUUUGGAAUUUCUUGUUCUAUUAUAAAUAUUGAAGUAUCCCUAUUUCAGAAGACAUAUUUUGUUAAUUGAUUGUACAUAUUUAAAUAUGUAUUUUUGCACAGGUCUUUUUUUCUUAUAUCCAGUUUUGGUACAAUUGAGAUCAUCUAGUAUUUAUUUAUUAAUUAAUUAAAAAAAAAAAGCAAAUACCUUUUUAUAAUUUGAAGUGGUUCACUGCCAAGCCAAUAGUUAACAUGCCUACUUUGCAACUUAAGGGAUGCCUCCGUUUUGUGAAAGCUGUGUCCCUUUUCAUGUCUCGGGAGUGGAUACACGCAAAAAAUAUUGCCUGGGUCGUGCGGUCGGGUUCUGCCGUGGGAACCCGAGCGCAGGAUCGGAGCCGAAAUGGUGGAUAACGGCAUUGCUUAUCAGUUGCCUGAUUCCCAGAAGACUACAUUUAGUUAAGUGACACACUGCUUCUCUUUUUUUAGUGUUCGUGUGCGUGUGUGUGCGUGCGCAUUCGUGUGGGUCUCAUGUGGUUUAAAACUAACGGAAAAACUGAAAGUGCCUGAUAUAACUAGUUUUAAGCUUGGACUGUUUAGACAGCUUCUCCUUAAAAGACUUGAAUGUUCAGUUGAAAUGUUGGAGCUUGCUUUUUCCACCUAUAUACAGUAUAUGUGUGCGUAUGUAUAUGUAUGUGUGCGUGUGUAGAUAUGUACACACAUACAUAUAUAUUUUCUGAAAUCAAUGAGAUGGGUUGACAAAAGAAAGCGAAUGAUGCUGGUAACUUUUGUAAAAUCUUUUAAUUAGAAUACCUUGUGUUGGCACAAUCCCAUUGAUAACUCAUAUUUAAUAUAAUGCCGAGGAGUUUGAAAUAUGGUUUUAACCAGCAGUUUAUUUAACUGUCUCAUUUUAGGUGGGGAGGGACAGGGGGUUAUUAAUUCAUAAAUGAAAUAAUUUAGAAAAUGUUUAAAAUAGUUGGCAUUCCAGGAAAACAAAGCAAACAAAAAACCCCACAAGUAAGUACCUCUUAAACCCAUUAAAAAAUAAAGAUGUGAUUUCCAAGUGACAUUUCUAAGGCAGUUGUCUUCCUGUCAGAGUUCUCUUGCCAAGGAAUCUCUCUCUUGUCUUUCACUCGUUCUGUCCUGGAGGAGGGAAUUGGGCUUAGAAAGAUUCUGAAAUGUUUCACCGUUCAGCAGAAAAUAAUCAUUUUUACCUUUUGUGCAAGAUAUUUUACGUUUUAAAGAUAACUUUAAAAUGAGCACUACAUAAUGUCAAUGUGAAUGUAGGCCUUGAAAGCAUCUUGCUCGGUGUUGAGCCUGGUUCUAAAAGCAAUCUCCUGUGUAAAAUGUGUGAAUAGUUUGAUAAUUUGUAUACAUAAUCAAGAGCAUCUGAUCAGCUGAACUCUGUGUUGGCUGCUGUAUAGUACAUGAACAAAUGUCAUGGGAUAGAAAAAUUACUUUGGAUAUUUAAAAGAAAAAUAAAUAUAUAGUCUAUUUGUUUUGUAACAAGUUUCUGUAAAUAAAAUAAUUUAUACUAUUUAUAAGAAAAAGUUGUGCUUUGCUUCAUGAAAAAGAUUAGUUUGUUGAACAAACAUGUUACUAAACAAGGCAAUAAAAUUAGGACUUUUCAAUAAAUGAGGUUGGUUGCAUGGAAUACAUGAUAUGUUUCUGCUUCAUUAUAAAAUCAUUCACCAUUAAAGGAAAACGUUACCUGUAUCGGUGCCUACGUGAACUAAUUUCAGAGAAUUGGAUGUGCCAGGUUCUGGCCCUGGCCCUCAGCGUGGCGAGAGUGGCUGCCCCGGCAGGUCGGACCUUUAUGUCCCCCGGGGUUCGAGAGGUGCCUGUGUCAACGCCGCGGUAUUUGGCUGGUAUAAAGGACGGUUUGUUACUCAAGGUUCUCGCUUCAUUGUUUUCUGAAUAGAAUAAUGAGAAGCAGCUUUUACAGCCCCAAAUGUGGUAUGUUGAAUGGUCAUGUUUCUGUUUGGGUUUUUUUUCCUCCCGUUGCUUCCAAAAGAGCAUCCUCCAUACCUUCAGAGUUCAAAGCCCCAGUGUGUGAGAAUUCAGCAGGUGAAAUACUCUUGCCGGCUUUUCUCUGCAUGCGACUUGGGACUCGCAUCUGGUGAAUGACAUCUGAGGAGUGGUUGGUAAAACCGAUAAAACGCCUGUUAGUAGGAUAGGAAUUCAUAGUUACAUCCAUGGCAAUGCCUCCUUUAUUCCCUUUCUCUUCUCUUUCUUUUCCUCUCAGAACAAACUUCUCCUUAGUAUUUGGAAUAAAAGCUGCAAGAUAAAAAUGGGGUUCAGGCAACAAGCAGCUUCUGCUUUGUCUUUUCGUGACGAGUACUUCUAAUAUUUCUACAUUUACCUUUUGUGUUGACUGAAGAUUUUUAUUUAUUUUCUUAUCUCGCCUUCCUGAGAAUAUCUUUCUUUCCUAGUACAAUUCCUAACGUCUGUGCCAUCCUGUUAAGCUGCUGGCACUGAAGCUGAUUGUGCUGGGCUGUACAAGCGACGGCAGCACGGAGCGUGCAGGAGACAGGAGACCGCAGAGCAGAGCUCUCUGCUUGUCAUCGCGUUCAGGCAAGUUCGUGACUCUGAGCAGUCUGCGCCUGCGUCAAGCUGAAGGAUUAACUGCGUUUAACUGCGUUUAAUGCAAGGUUCGGUAUGCUCUAAAACAGGUGAGGAAAGAGGAAAACGAGUGCGUUUAUCCUGUAUAACCCUGAGCUCUUUGAGGUGUCUCGGAGCUCUGCAGGUUUGGAGUGUCCUCCCUCUCCCCCUCCUUUGCUGCGCCAGGCACCGGCACCCUGCAGCACCAGGGAGCCCUGACCCAGGGCAGAGCUGCUCCGUGGGUUAUCGCUGCUCUGUGGGUUAUCGCUGCUCCUAGCGACUCCCUCAGUGCAGCAAAGGCGUUGGUCGUGAAAAAUGCCUUCUGAGCAGGUGCUAGCGUAGAGCCCCCGAACACAGACCUCCCUGAAGUGGGUAGAAGGCCGUUUCUCUCCUGUCACUGAUUGUCGCAUAGGAAAAUACUCCAGUUUAUAUCCAGGAAGAGUUACCUGGUGGUGUAGGAGCUCAGGCUGUGUGUGUGCAAUGCAAAUCCGAGUGUCGGAGGUUCUCUGUGCGUGUGCUUUUGUGUGCAUGCGCACAUUGCCGAUACCCUUUGCGCUCAGAAUGGAAGCUGGCGAUGUGUCCUUUGAACCCAAAGGUGUCAGGCGUCGCUUCUCCCGGUGGGGACGUGUUGGGCUCAAAGGCUACAACCUGCCUUUGGGAGGAAAACUCCUAAAUCCUGGUCCUGCAUCUGCAGCACGUGCAGCUCUGGAGGCAGGGGUGCGAAGCUGGCCCCUCGCUGCGUACAGCGCGGCCGACAGCGAAUGGCCCCGGCACCCGUUGCCUUUGUAGGCUGAAGCGCUCCGUGGCCACCGUUAGUUACACCAACUACCGAAACAACCAGUACAAGGGCUUGCUGCUGGCUUUAUUUAAAUGCAAAUUCCUGUUGGUCCAUUAUUAUCACGUUCUGCUGCAACAAAUAAUCAAACACACGUGGCUCGUAGAUUCCAGCAUGGGACUCUUAAUUUGGCUGAAUGCUUUUCUCAGUGCUUUGGCUCAGAACUGCGCUAGCUGCUGGAUUUGUUCCUAACAAGCAGCAUGGGAUCUUUGUCGCAGAAAAAUGGCAUGUGCUUGUUUUGGUUUUGUUUUUCUGGCCUGCCAAACUUCAGAAAAGGUUUUUGAGAUUCUCCUGAAGUUGUUCAAACUAACCUGGAGUCAAACUGCAUUGCAAAGGAUGAAAACUGGCCUGAGAGAUGCAGUCAAAAAGCUGCCUCCAAGCCCACGGAGAAUGGCUGGAGUUGACGUCUGUAGCCAAAUUGGUACAAAAGCUUUCUUCAGUGUCAGCAGGGACACUGUGCUGCUGCUCGGGUUAGCUGCUCUCCAGCACAGUGCUGGACACUUUAUCCUCCAUUUUUGCAGUUGGGCUCCCUUCACCGGUGUCCCUUCCAGUCCACAGCAGGUGACUUUUCUCCAGGAAUGAAUCCCUUGUCUCUUGUCUGCAAAGCUACACCUUCAAGUGGAGCCCAGUGAGAAGAAAUGGAGCCGUCUGGCAGGUCAGCAGACGGGUGAGCCAUAAAACAUUUGCACGCAAACCAAUCUCAACCAUUUUGUAGCAGAACUUCUCUUGACAACCCCCCACAACACCCUGUCUCCCAUCCUUCCCUGCCACCUUCCCGCAGCCUAACGGCAGCGCAAGGUGGAACGUGUCCCUGUGGCGUGGCUGUAUCGUGAGAGCUGCGGCCGGUUCUGGCCACCUCGUUGCUAGUAUGAAGCCAGCCUUCCAAAGCGAAAUUGGAGAAUGGCGUUAGUUCAAGGAACUGCGUGAGCUUAAAUUACAAGAGAGAAUGUACAACUUUGGCAUGUGGACUAUAAAUCCAUGGAAAGGUGUCAAGACCGAGGCAUGAACGGCUGUGUCUGCAGUGCCAUUCACAGUCGGUUGAGUAAAUGGAAAUCACAAGGUGAGAUAAACCACAGGUAACACUGAUGUGAUCACGGGAUGUGAAAGGUCGCUUGAUGUUACUUCAGGGUUUAAGGCAAGCAAAAGCCUACAGCUGCUGAUCUGAUGCGGCUGUUGAAGUAGGCAGUUAAAAA